GUCUAUUCCUCUUCGGAAUCCAAUUAGGGUCUCCGACAUUUCCAGCAUUCGAAUUCGAUAAUACAAAAGAUGAUUUACGACGUCAACUCUUCUCUCUUCCGGUCCUUCCUCAGCCAGAAGGGUGGAGCUUCCGACAAGAGGAAGAACGAGGAACAGAAACCAAGAGAGCAGAAGCCGAAAGCUAGCGAGAACAAGCCUGUCAUGAACGAGUAACAAUGCAUCCUCUCACUCUUUUGAUCCCUUUUUUUUUUUGUAUUUGAGACUUGUUGCCUUCCUUUGUCCUCUUUGUAAUCACCUUGUGUGUUUUGUGUUUGAUUUCAAACCAAAAAAAAAAAAAGAAUUUUGAAAUUUCA